AUGUCAAGAAAUGAAGAAGAAUGUACAAUUUACGUUAAAUGUAUAUCCGGUAUUGAUGAUUUUGCCUUAAACUUCCCCUUGGAUACGCCUGUUUCUCAAGUUCAACAAGAGAUACGACAAAAUUUACCAGAUUCAAUUGUUUCAAGAGUUAGUAUAUCAAGUACUGGAGGUAUAAAUAUAAAUCCUUAUAAAACUGUUGGUGAUUUAUAUAAUGGAUUGAUAAAAUCUGAAUCUGGUUCAGAUUUGCAAAAAUUUUUGAACUUGAAGAUUAAUAUAUGUUUAUGUGGUGGUAAAGGUGGAUUUGGCCAAAUGUUAAAAGUUAAAGCACAUAGUAUGAACAAAAAGAAUAAACGACGCUUAAAAUCAAAUUCUAAGGAUCUUUAUAAAACUUUAGAUGGUAGAAGAGUUAAAACAAUCAAGAAAAUCAAACAAUUGGAUGAAUAUAUGAAUACAUUAGAUGAAGAAUCCAAAACUAGAAUUUCUGAAAAAAAGGCAAAAUUACAAAAAAUUCUUGAUAUUGAUUUGAAUAAAAAUGUUAAAUAUGAAGAUACAAAAUUUUUAGAAGAUAUUGAAACCCAGUUAGAAGAAAUUAGAGAAUCUGUAAAAUUGGAUGAUGAUUUAGAUUUAAUUUCUGAGAGUGAAACAGAUGAAAGUGAUGAUGAAAGUGAUGAAAGUGAUAAUGAGAGUGAUAAUGGAUCUGUUGGUCAAGGCUCUUCAAGCUCAUCAAAGUCUACUGUAUCUAAUAGAAGGGCUAAGAUGACGAAUUUUUUUGAUGAUGAUAUAUCAGAAUCUGAAACUGAUAAUAAAUCGAAAGGUAAGGAAGUGGAUGAGUAA